GCCAUGGAAGCUCCUGAGGUUCCGGCGCCACCUCUACCUGAAAUGACGGAAGAGAACGGCAGUGCCGCCGUGGUUCCUGAGGCUCCUGUUGGCCCCGACCCUGCUUCCUUCUCCAUGCAACCAGCCGCAGUGGAUGAAGAAGGGGAGCUACCUGCAGACUUUGAGCGUCUGUGGAAGGCCGCUCAUGACAAUCCUCAAGACUUCACCUCCUGGACUGACCUGCUGCAGUACUGUGAGCAGGAGGGUCACGUCACAUCUUCACGUAGAGCACUAGAAGCCUUCCUUGUUCGCUAUCCACUCUGCUAUGGUUACUGGAAGAAAUUUGCUGAUCUGGAGCGCCGCGUUGGGCUUAACGACAAAGCAGAGGAGGUGUGCAUUCAGGGUCUUCAGGCAAUCCCUCUCAGUGUAGAUCUGUGGAUCCACUACAUCAAUCUGCUGCUAGGAACACUAGACAUGAACCUUCCUGAGUCACCCAAGCGGAUUCGCAGUGUGUUUGAGGAUGCUGUCGCGGCAGCCGGUUUGGACUUCCACUCAGACCGGCUUUGGGAUCUGUAUGUUGAGUGGGAGAAGGAGCAGGGGAACAUGAAGAACGCAACAGCCGUCCUGGACAGAGUCCUCAGAGUCCCCACACAGCUCUACAACACCCACUACGACAAGUUUAAAGAGCAUCUGAACAACCAUGAACCUAAAGAGGUGCUUUCUCCAGAGGAGUACGAGGAGCUGAGGGAGCUGUGCCGUCAGAGCCAGAAAGCGGAACGAGCCGAACAAUCGCAGGAGGAGGAGAAGGAGAGGCCGCCGGGUGAGGAAGAGCCCGCCACACCCGAGGGCACAGACACAGAGGAAUUGAUGCAGAAGAUUAGGGAGCAGGUGUUACUACGAAGGGACAAAGUGUAUCAGGACAACGAGGGAGAAGUCCGGAAGAGAUGGCACUUUGAAGAUGCCGUGAGUUUGUCCUUCUGUGAUUCGCUACUGCUGUAGUUUUUGUGUCUCUAUCUAAGAGAAUCUAGGAGAAAUCCAAACCAGGCCACCACAGAGGAGUCGGAGGUCAUGGCCCCUCCACAGGAACCAUCGGAGGACACUAUAGCUGCUCAAGAUGACCACAGAGUUCGCAUCCUCUUUGAACGUUGCCUGAUCGCCUGCGCACUCUAUGAGGAAUUCUGGUCCAGGUACAUUCAGUACCUGGAGCCACAGAGCGUGGACGAGGCCCGGGCGGUUUAUAAACGAGCCUGUGAAAUCCACCUGGCGUACAAACCCAACAUCCACAUGCACUGGGCGACCUUUGAGGAGAGGCACGGUGACUUAACUGAAGCUCGGCGAGUGUUGGAAGCCCUGGAGAAGAAACUGCCAGGUUUGGCGGUCGUCCGUAUCCGCAGGGCUGCUUUGGAGAGACGAGCCGGCCAGCUGGAUCAGUCGGAAGCCUUGCUGAGGGAGGCGGUGGCUGAAUCCAGAGAGAAGCCCACGUUACACGCUUUCUAUUCAAUCAAGCUGGCUCGAUCGCUGCUAAAACUGGGCAGGGACCCCAGCAGUGCCCGCAGUGUUUUACAGGAAGCGCUGGAAAUUAGUCCGGAUAAUGAUAAACUGCACAUGAACCUGUUGGAGCUGGAGGUUUCAGGUGACCCCUGGGCCUCAGCCGAGGCGGUGCAGGAGUGUGUGACACGAGCUCUGGCAGCUCCUCUCGAACCUCACACCAAGAUCCUCUUCUCACAGAGGGGCCUACAGUUCGCAGAGGACUACAGCAACUCUAUCCAGAGUGUGCUGUCUGUUUACGAGGAGCACCAGAAGCUGCUGAAGGAGCUCGGUGGAACAAAGAGAGAAGCAGAGAACGGGGAUGAAGAUCCAGAGAAGCUGAGCAAAACUGAUGACGGCUCUGCUGUGUCUGCACAAGUCCCACCUACCAUGCCGCACGUCCCCAUCACCACGCCGCCUCCUCCUGUGAUGGGCGCCGAUAUGAGCGCACAGACUGGCUACGGAGGAUACAGCAGCUGGUACCAGCAACCACAAUACGGCAGCUACGGCUACCAAAACACCUGGAACUACAACCAGGGCUACUAUCCACCGAGCUAGAGAGAGCAACAGCAAAAGACCGCAUCAGGCCACUGAACAAUAAAACUGAACUGAACAGUCCUCCAGACUGUGGAGAAGUUUCAUCCUGCUAAAGUUCAUCCAGUCAUUAUUCUUCCCUCUCCGUCCUUCCUCUCAGUCACCUCACUGUCUCACUGGAUUUAUGAAAACGAGGAGUUGAGGUCAUUUAAAAGAUCAUCUUUUCAUUUUUUUUUUUCCCUGAACAGCAGGCGGAAAGAUGAAAGGAAACACGGCGCUCAUCUUCAGUGGCGUGUCUUUGAAUUUUAAUCAGAACUAUUUUUGUAUUCGUUGCAAGUUGACCGCGUUGCUCGUGUUUUAAAAUCAUCCAACUUCACAGGUGAUGUAUGAUUGACAUUUUGUACCAUUCCACAGACUAGGCUAUGUUUUUUUUCUAAUGUAUAUAAAGGUGUUUUAUAGUGUGUCACAACA